GUUAUCGAAGUACGACGACCGGUACUGGCGUUUAGUCCUACAGUCCUGGAAUUGGAUAAAUAAUCGUCCAGCUUUUACUCGGUGAGUAGGCUACAGAAUGUAUAUUAAUUUUACAAUAUAACUUGGACAGAACAAGCAUGACAUCGCCCGAAACAAAAGUAAUUAUAUUCGGUCAUUCUUACAUUCAUUGGCUUGAACAAUACCAACGAAAACACCGACCAAAUUUAAAGCUAAAUAGAGGUGAAUUUAAAUUAUUUUUCCAAGGAAUUAGAGGCGGGCAGUUUGCGUGGACACCUCAAUCUAAAAGCAAAUUCCAAAAGAAAGAAUUGCACUCAUAUUUAUCUGCAUCUGUCAAAUCUUUCAAACCUGAUAUCGUCUAUUUGCAAAUUGGAACGAAUGAUUUGGACAGAAGAAAAUGUGAUGUUACGCUAUUAGCCAAAAAGAUGGAAACGUUAGCAUCCUUUUUGUUAACGGGAUACGAUAGUAUCACAUCAGUGUGUAUAGGGCACGCGUUUAAGCGCCUAAAACCAAAAGUUGGAUAUGGGGAAUAUGAAAGAAGACGAUUACUCUUCAAUAAUAAACUAUCUGAAAUUGGAGCAAGUAACAGACGCAUUAAUGUAUUCCCUAAUCGAGGUUUCUACAACAAUGUAGAUAGCCUCUAUGACUUAAAAGGAGUACACCUCUCUGAUACGGGAAACCUAAAAUUCGCCAAAAAUCUGAAGCGUUCGCUGAUUUUUGCGAGGGAUAAGUCGAAAGUGAGUA